GCUGCGGGGCCGCGGCAGCACCAGGUGCGAAGCUGAGAGACAGCGGCCGUCCCGGGGCGGGCCGAGCCGAUGCUGGCGGCUGAGCCCGUAGCUGCUGGGGCCAUGUCCCAGCCCGAGGCAGAGCGAGCGGGCGGCAGCUCCACGCCGGAGCUGGAGCUGGAGCCGGAGCCGGAGCCGGAGCCGGGGCCGGGGCCAGGGCUGCCCGGGAGGGCUCCGCACCGCAGUCGCGGCCGGAGGCCCUCGGGACGCGAUUCCCGCCGCGCGUCCUCCCGCUUCAACCGGCGGAGCUCGGCCGACCUGGAGCUGCUGGGGUACCCGGCACCGGACGGGGGGUCGCCGCCGCCGCCGGGCGCCGCUGGGCGCCGAGAGCCGGAGGAGACGGAGAGCGAGGAGGUGGAGACGCGGGCGGUCGCCACUUCCCCCGACGGCCGGUUCCUUAAGUUCGACAUCGAGAUCGGCCGCGGCUCCUUCAAGACCGUCUACAAGGGGCUGGACACGGAGACCACGGUGGAGGUGGCCUGGUGCGAGUUGCAGACACGGAAGCUGUCAAAGACGGAGCGGCAGCGGUUCAGCGAGGAGGUGGAGAUGCUGAAGGGGCUGCAGCAUCCCAACAUCGUCCGCUUCUACGACUCCUGGAAGUCAUCCAUCAAAGGCCAGGUCUGCAUCGUGCUGGUGACAGAGCUCAUGACAUCUGGCACCCUGAAAACCUAUCUGAAGCGGUUCAAGGAGAUGAAGCUGAAGGUGCUGCAGCGCUGGAGCCGGCAGAUCCUCAAGGGGCUGCAUUUCCUGCACACCCGCUCGCCCCCCAUCAUCCACCGUGACCUCAAGUGUGACAACAUCUUCAUCACGGGCCCCACGGGCUCAGUCAAGAUUGGGGACCUGGGCCUGGCCACGCUCAAGAGAGCCUCCUUCGCCAAGAGUGUCAUAGGGACUCCUGAGUUCAUGGCCCCGGAGAUGUACGAGGAGAAGUACGAUGAGGCCGUGGAUGUCUAUGCCUUCGGGAUGUGCAUGCUGGAGAUGGCUACCUCGGAGUACCCCUACUCUGAGUGCCAGAACGCCGCUCAGAUCUACCGCAAGGUCACCUCGGGCCUGAAGCCCAGCAGCUUCUACAAGGUGAAAGUGCCAGAGCUGAAGGAGAUCAUUGAGGGCUGCAUCCGCAUGGACAAGAAUGAGAGAUACACCAUCCAGGACCUGCUGGAGCACUCCUUCUUCCAGGAGGACACAGGUGUGCACGUGGAGCUGGCUGAGGAGGAUGAUGGCAUCAAGUCUGGGCUCAAGCUCUGGCUGCGCAUGGAUGACACCAAGAAGCUGCACGGCAAGUACAAGGACAACAAUGCCAUCGAGUUCCUCUUCGAGCUCUACAAGGACGUAGCGGAGGAGGUGGCUCAGGAGAUGGUGGUCCUGGGCUUUGUCUGUGAGGCUGACUACAAGCUGGUGGCCAAGGCCGUGCGGGACCGUGUGGUGGCCAUCAAGCGUAAGCGGGAGAAGCUGAAGCGUGCCCAGGAUGUGCCCUUGCCUGUGGAGCCAGAGCAGCCACCAGGCGUCCUGCGGCUGCUGGAGGACCUCAAGUCGCCGCUGCCGCCCGGUGCCCCCACGCCCGCCCUGGCCACUGCUGGCUCUGGGGACUCCAUCUUCAGCAGCACCUUCUCCCCAGAGCCUGAGGAGCCCGAGGCUGAUCAGCACUUCACCUACCGGCACACCAGCUACUCCUCGGCCACCUCUGACUGCGAGACCGACGGCUACCUGAGCUCCUCUGGCUUCCUGGACUCCCCAGACCUGGGCCACAGCAGCUUCUCGGCGGGGGACCCUGUCAGCCCACCGCCCACCCGCCCUGCGCGCUGCUUCCCCACGAGCAUCGCAGUGCAGCUGCCCACCGAGCGCCUGCCGUACGCCAGCGGCUUCUCCUCCCCGGUGGACAGCUACCCCUCAGACGUGGCAUCCGGCAUGAGCGACGGCUACGAGGGGCUCUCUGCCAGCGAGCGCAGCUCCGAGCUGCCGCCCAAGAGGGCCGCGGGGAAGCUGCUGCGGCGCAGAGCUCGCUCCAGGCUGCGCAUCACCAACAUCUCUGACAAGAACGACCGGGUGGUGGAGUGCCAGCUGCAGACCUACAACAACAAGAUGGUGACCUUCAAGUUUGACUUGGAUGGGGACAACCCAGAGGAAAUCGCGGCCGUCAUGGUCCACAACGAGUUCAUCCUCAAGUCAGAGCGGGACGGCUUCAUCCACCGCAUCCGGGACAUCAUCCACCGCGUGGAGACUCUGCUCCGCAAGGACGGGUGCGGUGCUGCGGAUCUGCCGGAGAGCCCUGAGGCUGAGCGUGGCACAGGCAGCCCCCAGAUGAACCUACAGCUGCAGGACUUCUCUCACUCCAUCUCCUCCUCAUCCUCACUCAGUGACCUGGGUUGCACCAGUCCCAGCCUCCCAGUCCAAUCCCCUGUCCUGCCACCACUGAGCAGCUCCGUGUUGGAGAAGGACUCCACCAGCACCACAGAGCCGCUGGCAGCCUCAGCGCCCAGGGAGCUGUGGCCACCACAGCCUGGCUCCCCCACAGGCUCCUUGCAGACCUGGCCCCUCAGCUCAAUGGCUCCCUCCUGGCUGACGACGUCUCCACUGGUCCCACAGACACCCCUCAGCAGCCCGGUGGAGCCUGUCCCACCAGCCAUGCCCCAAGACCUCCUGUCCCCACUGCCAGGCCCUACGUCCCCUAUCCCCAGUGGGCCCAGCAGCCCUGUGACCUCCCCUGUGACCAACACAGCCUGGUCCCCCACCACCCCAUUCCUGUCCCUAGCCAAUGUCUUCUCCCUGGCAGUGAUGAGUGUGGCCCACACGCUGCUGCCUGCUGUCUCCUCCAUUGCCAGCUCGGGUGGGCAUCUCUAUCCCCCACUGCUGCCAAGGCCACAGGCCCUCACCCUGGGGCCCCCACGCUUUGCCUACCCCAACCCCACUAGCAUGGCCAAGCCAGCCCCAGCCUGCGGUGGGACUGGGGAGUCAGUGGACACAAAUGUCCCCACUGCCGGGGGGCCCAUGCCACUGCCUCCCCUGGCAGCAGCCCCACUGCACCCUUCAAGCAAUGAGGUCACAGGGAAGCCUCUGAACCCACUGAAUGCAGCUGCAGCAGGGAGCCUGGAAGGCAGCAUGGUGCCACCCAACUCCCCCAAGCCCAGACACUCACUCUUCGCCUCAGAGUCGCCAGCCUGCAGCACGCCUGAGGCCCAGCACUUGCCCAUCAAUGCAGAAGCCCAGCCCCAGAUCCUGGGACGGUUCCAAGUGAUGCCAACCAAGGACCCAGCUAUAAGUUCCCCGGUGCCAGGCAGCAGUGAAGGCACCAGUGAAGGUGAGCAGCAUGGCACAGACCCGGUGGCUGGUAGCUCCCCUCUACCUGUGGCCCCUGGCACCACGAGCAGCUCAAGCAGCACCUCAGACUCAGCACUGGAGGCAGCAGAGCAGAACCCCCAGGCUGAGCAGGCGCUGGCUGAGGAGGGCACAGUGGCACCGGCAGAGUGUGACCGGGAGAGUCCCGGGGGCGAGGGCACGGAGAGCGUGCCGCAGGCCGUGGUGAGCCAGGUGUGGCUGAGCUACCCCCGCAGCUUGUCCUACCUGAGCAGCGAUGACACCGAGAGUGAGGACGAGGAGAUCUGGGAGGAGCUGCAGAACCUGCGCCAGAAGCACCUGGCUGAGGUGCAGCUGCUGCAGAGCACCCAGAAGAAGGAGAUCGAGGAGCUGUACCUGCGGAUGGGGAAGCAGCCGCCGCUGGGCAUCGUCUCGCCCGCCGCGAUGCUCUCCAGCCGCCAGCGCCGCCUCUCCAAGGGCAGCUUCAACCCCUCCCGCCGCAACAGCCUGCAGCGCCUGGAGCUGGCGCAGCCCCCAGGCAUCAUGCGCCGCAACUCGCUGAGCGGCAGCAGCACAGGCUCGCAGGAGCAGCGGCUCGCCAAGGGCGUCACCUUCGCCGACGACUUCGGCCGGAUGUAGCGAGCUGGCCAGGAGUGACUUCAUGAACUACCUCAACCAAGUGCCUGCUGCCCUGGGGGUGAAUGAGAGCUUCUGCACUCCCCGAGAGGGCAGCUCUGGCCCGAGAGCAGCCACUGCUCUCAGACGGAGCCGGCUUGAUGCCUGCCUUGGGCAGUCUGAUCCCUGCCUUGGGCUUUGUGCCCCUUGCCCACAGCAGAGUACCUGCAGCCUCUGUAUUGGAGGGAGACCAGGCCUGUCCCACAAUCAUCCUCCCUUCUCCUUCCUCCUCAUUGUUCCCAGCUCAAGCCCAGUCCCAGCUGCAGGACAUGUACAAGCUCUCCCCAUUCUUCAUGGCUUUACUCCAAGCUGAACCCAAGCACAACCACCCUGACUGCACCCUAGUCAUGACACAUCCCCAUCCCUGCCACCCUGUUGUUGUCAGCUCAGCCCUGCUGCCACUCCAGCCCUGCUCCCUUCCUGGGACAACAUGAGGUUGGAGCCUGCUACCCAGGGGCUGCCCUGCUCACUGCCACCCUCACUUGGAACGAGCUGACUGCAGGGCAGGAAGAGUCUCCCCUGGGCCCAGUGAGGCAACGGUGUGGUUGCACCAGGAAAGGCUGUGGGUGCACUUUGUUACAAACUGGUGUCUGAAAAGUGUUUUCUUAAAUACAAAUUAAAUACAAACGA